UCCGAUCCCCAGUGGCGCACGUGUGAACUGCCGACCAAGCCACGUGGACCACCUGUUCCAGCGACAGGAGGAGGGAGAUCUCAGCUCUGCCGCCCGAACCCCGCGCGCGCGGCCACCGGGAGGCGGAAGGAAUCGGAGGUGAUCCAGCGGCCUCUUUCUCGGAUUGGGUACAGUUUGACGCAUUUGGAGCUGACCUUUCUGACAGCUAAAGAUGAGUGCAGGACACGGCGACACUGGGGCCUCAGCAACGAUGGCAAAGCUGAAGGAGUUGUUGCACAGAAGUGAAAAUCACAUUUGUGCUGACUGCAGCGCGCCUGAUCCCAAAUGGGCGUCAGCUAACAUUGGGGUAUUCAUUUGUGUAAAAUGUUCUGGCGUCCACAGAAGUCUUGGUACACAUAUUUCAAAGGUUCUGUCAGCAACACUAGAUAAGUGGACUGAAAAUGAAGUUGAAUCAAUGAUAGAAGUUGGUGGGAAUUCUAAUGCCAAUUCAAUAUAUGAGGCUUUUCUACCAGAGGGCUACCAGAAGCCACAUCCAGAUUCUAGCCCUGAAGAGCGAGAAAAAUUCAUCAGGUCAAAAUAUGAGCUGCAGGAAUUUCUGAAGCCAAGCCUGCGGAUUGUCUCUCAUCAGACUAGUGACUCCGGAAAACAUGCAGGCGGUGCUCCUCAUUCUGAUGGUUCCAAGAGUGAAAUAGGCAUGAUCGAAUUCAUCGGAAUAUUGAAUGUCAAGGUGAUAGGAGGCACCAACCUGGCCAUCAGGGAUAUGUCAAGCAGUGACCCAUAUGUCGUCCUAACCCUUGGGCACCAGAAAGCCCAAACUUCAGUAAUCAAAGGCAACCUAAAUCCUGUCUGGAAUGAAGAACUGAAGCUCUCUGUUCCACGGCAAUAUGGACCUCUGAAGCUGCAAGUGUUCGAUCAUGACAUGGUGUCCAAGGACGACCUCAUGGGGGAGGCCGAGAUCGACCUGCAGACGAUGAUCAACGCCGCUGCCGCGUUCGGUGAUCCAGAGCUGCUGGGCGACAUACAGAUCGGCCGGUGGCUCAAGUCCGACGACAAUGCGCUCGUCAGGGACAGUGCCGUGGUGGUUGCCGGCGGCAAGGUGAAGCAAGGGGUGGCGCUGAAGCUGCAGCACACCGAGUCCGGGGAGCUGGAGCUGGAAAUGGAGUGGAUGCCGCUCAACAUGUAGAGCUGCCAAAUUGCACAUUUUAUUUUCUGAAAUCAAAUUAUCUGGCAUAUUGUCAGAUGAUAAAUGUUGUUGUACUCAAGAAAAAAGAUAAAACGUUGUUGUAGUAAGGUUCGUUUUGCUUGUUGCCAUCAGAAAAUGCAGUGUUUGAUCAGUCACA